AUGGAUCUGUUUGCGCCUGCCGUUUUACCUCAUGUCACCCUUGAACGGUUAAAUUCUCUGGCCGAGGAUUUCAGGCAAUCUCUUAAAGAACAUCACGAAGAAACAUUUCAAGACACCACCAAAGAAGACAUGAGUAGAGAAAUUCGCGACAUCCAAACUGCGCGAGUUGUGACACAUAACAUGAUCAACAUGAAUCGGCUAAAAAUGUUUCUGGAAGGCAUGGACGAACUUGAGAAAGUCCUACUAUUUCUUGACUUCCCUGGCGCGGGCAGCGUUAUGUCGAAUGUGUGGGGCACCGUUAGAUUCUUGCUCAAGACAACGAAUUCUACAGACAAAGCCUUCGAUGGAGUGCUGGAUGUUUAUGGGUUGUUGGGUGCCCAGUUGGUGAAACUGACACGUUACAGAGAGCUCUUCAAGAGAUAUCCAAAAGCAACGGGAUGUCUGGUGAAUAUCUACCAAGAUAUACAACGCUUCCACUCCAUGGCCUACAAGCUUUUUUCAAUGAGUACAAAGUUAUGGCAACGUCUCCAAAAACCUAUUUGGGACGAUUCAUCUCUCAUGUUCAGAAGAAUAUCCGAGUCUCUCAGGACCACUGGAAACAUCAUCAAGGCGCAAGCGACUUCCCAAGAUCACGAGGAAAUUGACCGCGCUUUGGAACAGUACGCAUACAACUGGAAGGAAGAAUGGCGAAACUUUGAAAAUGAGGAAAGCGAGCGAAUUCACAAGAAAAGAUAUGAAGUCAUCACAUGGAUAUCAGCCUCAGGGAAGAUGGGCCGGCUACAGCGUGCAUUCAGAGAGAUGGCAAUUUGCCCUAAAAGCGGACGUUGGCUUUUUAGAAGGUACAGUGCUGUCAAAGACUGGAUUCAGGAAGAUGAGCCUCCAAAUUCUGCGAUAUGGUUACAUGGUGUUGUUGGUUAUGGCAAAUCUGUCCUCGCAUCUCUGUUGGUCCAAGAGCUGCAAGAUCCAAAAGUAGUCCCGCAUGGCAGCAAGACUUGCUAUUUCUAUUGUCAAGAGGAUCACAACGAACACCGCACCUACGUUGAUAUCUUGAAAGGAAUCUUACUCCAGAUGGUGGAAUCAGAUGACUACAUUCUUCCCCUCUGCCAUCAAGAAAAGACGAAUACCGGCGGCACAAAUCUUGUCGAGGCAGCUGUUGCGCAAAAGCUCAUCAAGACAUUCAUCGAAUACAACCCCAGACAGUACAUAGUCAUCGAUGGAUUGGAUGAAUGUGAAAGCGCGGAGAUAUAUCAGACGGCACGAUUCUUCAAGGAAUUGGUUUCUGUUUAUGAUACGCAAGUCCAACUGGGACAUUUGAGAGUCAUGUUCCUCGGUAGAGAAACUUCCGAUGCGAGGAAGUACAUACCUGAUGAUGAGUGCUUGAGUGUCCCGCUGAAGCCGGAAGAUAACCACGAUGAUAUCAGAGACUUUGUGCAAAAGCAGCUACCAUUGUUUUCAGCUUCCGAGCAUGGGCGGGGCUUCAGCCUUUCUGAUGCUGACAAAGAAGAUGUUGAGAACCUCAUCUGUAAUCAAAGCCAAGACUCUUUCCUCUAUGCGCACCUCGCUAUCCAGUUUCUUUUGCAGCAAGAUACCAGGGGCGGCUUGCGGACCGCACUAAGACAAGGCAUCCUGCCUAACAAACUCGAAGAGUUGUACGAGAAGCUCCUUGAGGCCGUCAAAACCACACUUCAGGCACUACCGGGUGGCACGGCUAAGUGGGAGAGAUCAAAGUCCCUGUUUGGAUGGCUCGUUUGUGCAAAGCGACCACUCAGCUAUAUUAUCGAGAACCAGUACAUCCAUGAGAAGUUGGUUCAGUGCCAGCUCACCACGACGUGUCUAAGAUAUCUUUCACUACCCUGUUUUGGAAAUGACUACGUGUCGACUGAUCGGAGCCAGCAUGCCAAAACUGGUUGGUUCGCCUUCCAAGACUACGCCUGCUCUCAAUGGCUUUACCAUAUCGACACCGUCAUAAAAGAAUGCUAUGAACUCUUCCAAAGCCCUUGCAAAGUGACAACCGAUUUUGCGUCGGCUCUUCAAGAUUUUGUCAACACCCAUCGAUCAGAGAUUACGGACCCGACACAUGUUGAGCUGGAAAAGGCCAAUGUCCUAAGGUUCCAACACCUCGAAUUUUACGACGACCUUCUGCUACUGUGGAACCACAUUUACACUCAUCAGCGAGGCGACUACGCGACACGCAAUACCAUCGGCAUUCCUCAAAUCGAAACAGCUCUACUGGAUAAUCGCACAGAAUUGGAAAGACUCCUACCAAACCAGAAAGCAGGCGAUGAAGAUCUUGUUCAAGACUACUACGGCGCCAACCUCUACAAAUGCCGUCGCACCAUGUGUCGCUUCUUUUACAUCGGCUACGAAAAGAAAGGCCCCCGCGAUACUCAUGAAAAACGCCAUGAAAGACCAUUCCAGUGUCCAAUCUCUUGCAACUCGGCCCCUCUGGGUUUCGCGGUCCUCAUUUCGAAGUUCUAA